AUGAAACUGUCAAGUUUAUUCAUCACUGGUAGUUUUUUAACUUCAUUAACUUUUGGUAUACCAUUAUAUGAUUUAGGAAAAACUUUAGAAACAACAAGUUAUUCACCAGAUGAAACUUUUUUAAUUAAUGAAUUUUCAAAUCAAUUAACUCAAAUUGAUCAAUUUAAUUCAACAAAUUCAACAAAAUGUGAAAAAUGUAUCAAGAGAUUAAAUCUAGGUAAAUCAAUUGCUUUAACAAGACCAAAUUUAAUUUAUCCAAUUUUUACCAAAUGGUGUAUUGAUAAUGAGAUUUUAAAAGAUUCAACAACUUGUAAAUUAACUUAUGGAAGAAAUACAGUUCAUAAUGCAUCAGAAGGUACAAAUUUUGCAAAUUUAUUAACUUUAAUGGAUCCAAAUUCUUAUGAUGGUCAAUUAUUUUGUCAUUAUCAACAAGAUAAAAAAUGUCCAUUACCUAAAACUCCAGAAAUUGAUAUGUCAUCAUAUUGGCCUGAAAAACAAUCAAAACAUUUUAAAGCACCUGAACCAUCAAAUGAAACUUAUAAUGUUUUACAUAUUUCAGAUUUCCAUAUUGAAUUAGAUUAUCAAAUUGGUACCGAGGGUAAUUGUACUCAAAAUAUGUGUUGUACAACUCAUAAUGAUAAUAAAGAUAUUAAACCUGAAGGUUGGAGCUAUACAAUGAAUUUAACUGAAUCACAAGCAAAUAAUUUAUCAUUUACACCGGCUUGGUAUGACUCAAAUGGAGAUUUACAAUAUGAUGAACCAAUUGAUGUUUUUUCUAAUGAUUCUAUAUGGCAACCUGCAUCUACAUGGGGUCAAUAUAAAUGUGAUUCACCAGAAGUUUUAAUUAAUAGUUCAUUAAAAUCAAUUGCAAAAUAUCAAAAUAAAUUAGGUUUAGAUUUUAAAUUCUCAAUCUUUACAGGUGAUUUAGUUGAUCAUGAUGAAGAUAAUCAUUUAAAUUAUGAAAAAAAUAUUAAAUCUGAAGAAAUUAUAUUUAGAGAUAUUAAGAGUACUUUAAAAGAUAUUCCAGUUUAUCCUGUCUUGGGUAAUCAUGAUACUUUCCCUUAUGCACAAAUGGCACAAGAAAAAUCAGGUUUUGCAAAUUUAUUCAAUUGGAAUGCUGAAUUAAUGGGUGAUUUAUGGGAAGACUAUAAUUGGAUUAAUUCAUCAACUGCUAGAUAUGUUAGAAAACAUUAUUCAGGUUUUGCAGUGGAAACUUCAACAAAUUUAAAAGUUAUUGCAUUAAAUUCAAAUGCUUAUUAUGCAUCAAAUUUAUAUAAUUAUUGGAAUGCAACUGAUAUUGAUUCAUUUGGUCAAUUCCAAUUUUUAAUUGAUGAAUUAAUUGAAUCUGAAUCAAAAGAUCAAAGAGUUUGGAUUAUUGCACAUAUUCCAUUCAUUCAAGAAGCUUUACCAAUUCCAGCUGAAGUUUUCCAACAAAUUUUAAAAAGAUUUUCUCCAUAUACAAUUGCAGGUAUUUUUUUUGGUCAUACCCAUGAAGAUCAAUUCAAUAUUUUGUAUGAUGGUGAAGUUACAAAUAAAACUGAAGAUAAUGCAGUUAAUAUUGCAUGGAUUUCACAAGCUGUUACACCAUUAUUUCAAAAUAAUCCAUCAUGGAGAUAUUAUACAAUUGAUUCCAAGACUCAUAGUGUUAUGAAUUCAUAUAAUUAUUAUUUUAAAUUAAAUGAAACUUGGUAUGAAGGCUCAUCAGAACCAAAUUGGGAAUUUGAGUAUAGUGCUAGAGAAGCUUAUUCAAAUGUUGUACCAAAUUGGCCAGACUCAUCACCAUUAAAUGCUACAUUUUGGCAUAAAGUUGCACAUGCAAUUCAUGAAUCAGAUGAAGUUGCACAAACUUAUAAUAAUUAUAAAAGAAGAUUUAGUCCAUUUGUGGAACAAUGUAUUGGUACUAAUGAUUGUGAUGGUAGUUUUUGUUUCUUGUCAAGUUUUACAUUAAAAGAUUAUGAAGCUUGUAUGAAGGCAUUUGAUGAACCAAAAUUUCAAUAG